CACAAACAACACACUAAGCUUACACGAGAACACAACCCCUCGGUGAUCAACCGAAUCCGUUCCUCAUAAUCCAUUUCCCCCCCAACUACCCACAUGAAGUUCUUCGUGUACGCCAUCGUUGCCAGCGUCGCCAUCGUGACAGGCCAAACACUCAUGAGUCAGUCCCCCAUCGACUUGACUGCCUACGCCAAUGCCGUGGCCAACACCGGCAACUUCUCGGUCGUGUUCAACACAGCUUCGGCUGUGGUGUCGCAUGAGGGCACCACCGUCAGAGCCACGUGGUCGGCAGGCCCCCAGUCGCAUUUGGCCGUCAAUGGCAAAGUGUACCAGUCGCUGCAACUGCACCCCCACGCUCCCAGCGAACACACUAUCGGGGGCAAACAAUACCCUUUCGAAGUUCAUUUUGUGCACUCCGACAAGGACAAGAACCUAGCCGUGGUCGGUAUCUUCUUUGACUUGGACCCCCACGACAAACCCAACCCGUUCUUGACUCAAGUGUUCAGCCAGUUUGACCAGUUGACCAAGCCUGGUGACAACUUUACGCUGGCGGCGCUCGACCCGUCGAGUCUCCAUGUUAGAAACAGCAACGUAUUUCGGUACUCUGGCUCGCUCACCACGGAGCCGUUCACGGAAGGUGUCGAGUGGAACGUGUUGCAAAAGGUGCAUACGCUGUCCAAGGCGCAAUUGAAGCAGUGGUCCAACGUCAUUCACCUCCCCAACGCUCGUGAACUCCAAGCCCUGAACGGACGCGUGGUGACCUUGCUGACCAAGGACCACUCGGUGCACUAGAUGGGAUGAAUGUUAACAUAAAUCUGACCCCGAAAAGUUCAAUAAAUGGACUUUUUCACCUAAAUUUAUCCAUCAGAUUUAUGCUAUCCGGGUUCAUAGUAAUAAUCCAAAGCAAUACAUAUUUGGUUGGGUG